AUGUGCAUGACAUAUAAUGAGUCAAAUGGGUUGGAGGUAAAUCAGGUUUCUCCAGACAUUUAUCAAGUUGGUGACAAUUUAGAACACCACUUUGUGGAUUUUUACGAAAUGACAUGUACGUGUAGAAGAUUUGAUUUGGACAAGUUUCCAUGUGCGCAUGCAAUUGUUGCAACAAGAUUUAAAGGAGACGAGGGCUAUAAAUUAUGUACUCCCUUUUACACUAGUAUUUGUUGGAAGCAAGCUUAUUCUAAAUUCGUAUAUCCUUUGCCGAACGAGGUCGAAUGGAAAAUUCCUAAGAAUGUGAUAGCCAGAGAAGUAUUUUCACCAUUAGUACGAAGACAGGGCGGACGACCAUCAAAAAAGAGGAAAAGGUCGGCCGGAGAGACGCGUGUGGCUCGUAAGAGCAGCAGGUGCAAGAAAACUGGUCAUGUUCGAUCCACUUGCACGGGCCAAGCAGCUAGUAGUGAACAUUAA